AUCCGUGGAACGUGCAAGAUUUGAUAGGUGCCAGCCGACACCAUGCAUGAUGUGCGCUUACUCCACAUUACAAGUCGCACAUCACGGACCCCGCGAUCGCCAGACGAACACUCUCUGCCUACCGGACCACGAGCGUCAACCGACAACCACCACUUCCACGAUGGACCCUCUUUCGGUUGCCGCAUCGGUAGCAGGGUUAUUGCAAGCCGGAGCCAAGGUCAUCGGCUUUCUUUCCACCGCCAUCGACGCCCCCAGCACUGUCCGCAACGUUCUCGCAGAAGUCCAAGCGCUGCACGGGAUAUUUCGCCAGUUAGACGACUUCAUCGUCAAUUUCGCCCAGCAGAGCAUGACUCGCAAAUCCAGAAUUGCAAUCGACGACCUGGUAGUCAUCCUGACGGGCUGCGUGUGUACCUUCUCGGAGCUGGAUGGGGAGCUCAAAGGCGUCAAGACGGACUACGCCUACGGCACCAAACAUCAGUUGGGGGCCUGGGACCGCGUCAAGUGGGCAGCCAAAGACCAGGAUAUCGCUAAGAUACUACGGAACCUACAGAUGCAUAAGACUUCGCUGAGUCUGUUGCUGUCGGUUUAUACAUGCUCAUCAACGCAGCAACUGCAAAACGACAUGGCUGAAAUGAAGCAGCUCAUGGCGACAGUCCUGCAGACGAAUCCAGACCUAUCGGAGCGCAUGUCAGCAGCCACUUCCUUUGUGGGCGUCGUUGCCGCGUCCUCAGUCCGCUCCAGAGCUUCGGUCUUCUCCAGUGCAUCUGUCCGAUCCUUUCGCAGGAUUCUGGGAGAGACUCGGCUGUACAGGAACGCAGCCAGGAACUCUUCAUCGAACUCCUUCAAGACCAUCGGCACCGCGGAAUCCAACUGGUCUCAGCUCACCGGUGUGAGCCUAGACCAGAUAUCGAAUAUAUCCGUCAUCUUUCUGCCCAUCUACCCUCUCGAGCUGAAUAACGGCGAUAUGUACGAGCAGCGGAAAUCCCGCGAUAACCUGGCGCAACUGCUCAGUAUCACCGGGGAAGGACUCCAACGGUUACAGCAGAGCAGCAGCAAGAUGACUACCACGGUUCGGCAUCGCCUGACCCCUGAGAUGAAGCGGGCCGCCAUGUUGUACAACGCAGCUCGCAAGGGAGAUAACAUCACGGUCAAAAUGCUUGUAGAAAAGUUAGGAAUCGAUAAGGAGUCCCGGAACCAGAGAGGAUAUACGGCGUUGCACUGCGCAGCUAUCUCCGACCAGAGAGAUACAGUGCAGCUACUGCUCGACCUCAGUGCAGACAUCGAGGCCAAGGAUAACUCCGGCCAUACGCCGCUUCACCUGGCAACCGUGAACAGGCACACGGCUACACUGCAGCUACUUCUCGACCGCGGUGCAGACAUCGAGGCCAAGGAUAACACCGACUGGACGCCGCUUCACUGGGCGGCUGAGAAUGGGCACACGGCUACACUGCAGCUACUUCUCGACCGCGGUGCAGACAUCGAGGCCAAGGAUAACACCGACUGGACGCCGCUUCACUGGGCGGCUGAGAAUGGGCACACGGCUACACUGCAGCUACUGCUCGACCGCGGUGCAGACAUCGAGGCCAA